CAAGAUGGCGACUCCCGGUUUCACUACGCACCACAACAUCCUUGCUUUCUAAUUCUUAACCUGCAUUCUCAUGUGUAUGUGUCCCAGUGGUUUAACCGUAUGAAGGCGAAGAUAAGGAGGGGGUCCUACUGUCAUCGUGGCUCUCAGCAGCGUAACGCGGAAGCGCUUUGUUCAUGAGAGGAGAUAUCGGUGACAAUGUCGCUCGGUAGGUCUUAGGGAGGAGGAGGCGGCGGAGAAGGUGAAGAAGGCGGUAGCUUCACCCGAGAAUGGCCACCGAAAAUAAGAUCAAUUUCUGGAGGAGAAACGCCAAGGUUCCCGGAAGCGUACAACCUGUUUACGGAGCGCAGCAUCCACCCCUCGAUCCACGACUGCGCUGCCUGUAUCCCAAAGAGACAAAGCCCAAAUUUAACAACCUCAAGUCAAAGAAGACGUGCAGUUUCCACGAGUUUGCCCGCAGCACUAACGAUGCGUGGGACAUUGACGAUGGGGAAGAUGAAGAGCUGGCAGGGUGUCCCACACUACCUUUCUCCAUGCCAUCUGCCCUGCAGUCCAAAUCCACACAGGAGCAGCAGCAGCAGCAGCAUCAGGUGGUUGACACUGAGAGGAGCAUAUCAGACAGACUGGACCUAGAAGCUGAAAACAACCAGGAUACUCAGGAAGAGGAGGUGGAUGAGGCCAACUGUGAACAUUUUAAUGGGAAAGUCGUCAAGUCUACGAGUGAAGCUCAGCUCAGCUCAUCAUCAGUCCGGUCCACACUACAGAAGCAGCAGUCUCUUCCAGUACGUCCCAUCAUCCCACUCGUGGCUCGAAUCUCUGACCAGAAUGCAUCUGGGGCUCCACCCAUGACACUACGGGAAAAGAGUCGUUUGGACAAAUUCAAGCAGCUACUGGCCAGUCCUAACACUGAUCUGGAUGAACUACGAAAGCACAGCUGGUCAGGUAUCCCCAGAGAAGUCCGACCGAUCACAUGGAGACUUCUGUCUGGAUACCUUCCAGCCAACAAAGAGCGCAGAGAGCUGGUGCUGAAAAGAAAGCGUGAAGAAUACUUUGGUUUCAUCGAGCAGUAUUACCACUCCAGAACAGAUGAGCACUACAAAGACACGUACAGACAGAUUCACAUUGACAUUCCAAGAACCAACCCUCUCAUACCCUUGUUCCAGCAGCCUGCAGUACAAGAGGUGUUUGAGCGUAUCCUCUUUAUUUGGGCCAUUCGUCACCCAGCCAGCGGCUACGUCCAGGGAAUCAAUGAUCUUGUCACACCGUUCUUUGUUGUCUUCCUCACAGAAUUUGUCACAGAGGAUGUUGAGAACUUUGAGAUGUCUGCACUGCCUCUAGACACGCAGCGAAAUAUAGAAGCUGACAGUUUCUGGUGUAUGAGCAAACUGCUGGAUGGAAUACAGGACAACUACACCUUUGCUCAGCCUGGAAUCCAGAACAAAGUGAAAGCACUGGAGGAGCUGGUCAGCAGGAUAGAUGAGGACAUUCACAACCAUUUCAAGAAAUGUGAGGUGGAGUAUCUCCAGUUCGCCUUCCGGUGGAUGAACAACCUGCUAAUGAGGGAGUUGCCACUUCGUUGCACCAUCCGUCUCUGGGACACGUACCAAGCUGAAUCCGAAGGUUUCUCACACUUCCACUUGUACGUCUGUGCAGCGUUCCUGCUUGAGUGGCGCAAAGAGAUUCUCUCCAUGAUUGACUUUCAGGGCCUCCUCAUGCUGCUGCAGAAUGUUCCAACAAUUCACUGGGGAAAUGAGGAAGUGAAUCUCCUCUUGGCAGAGGCUUAUAGACUCAAGUACAUGUUUGCAGAUGCACCCAGCCACUACAAGAGAUAGGCCCCAGGGCUUCAGCUGUGGAGCAAACAACUUUUAAUAUUUUAACAGAAAACCAUUAGCUGUUAUGCACAAGGUAAGCUACAGCAGCCUGAACGUACAGCCUGUGGAGAGCUGGAGGGUGUUAUCUCAGAGCCAAUAAACUGAACUCUGAACCAUGGACUGUUACAUUAUGAAUAACCUGGACUUGGACCAUUGUGGUUAGUACUAUGAUCACUCCUACAUAUAGUUAAACACUGGGUACGUACAGUACAUGCUGUAUGUAUGUAGGGAUGAUGAAUGUUUGUGAGAUCAUUCCCUGAGUGACUGAGCCACUUUUUCUUUUUUCGUUUUUGCUAAUGUACUUUAAUAAACAAAAUGUAGCAGUUUAUAGUUUUAUUCAGUUUGUAGAGCUUCACCAUUCACCACUGCACACACUUUAUCCAAGAAAACAUCUAAGCUGUGGUUAUAGUUACCAGUUCUGGAUUCAGUUGUGGAUUUAAAUCCCAGCUCAAAAUGAUAAAAUAGUUCAUACCAUAUAUAUCUUGUUUCACCUUCUCUUUCAAAACAAUGGUGGGAACAAUAGUGAUCAGGUUGGGCUUUUACGCAUGAGAAAAAGCAAGAGCAUCACCUAAGCAUAAUUGUGACACUGUGAGGCAGUGGCUGCUGAUUCAGUGUUAAAAAUUAGUUUAGAAUUAAAUCAGGAGUUCAGGUUAGGGUAGCUUUGAUACUGACUUAAGCUGUUUUUUGACAAAAAAAAAUAAAACAAUAUAUUUAACUCUGGAACACAAUAGGAUGAUUAUAUAAAUAAGAUCAUAUUUUGUCAUUUAAUAACCCUACCCACAAAACUAAACGUGAGAAUGUCUCUGAAUACUUAAGAAAGUGGGAGAAUAUAUUGAGCCAACUUAACUGGACUCCCCAUUCAGAUAAUCUCAAGAACGUUGUUGUUUCUUCAUACAGGUUUAAAGCAGCUGUAGAAUCAUUGUAAACAUUACACAUACAUAUUGUAACCUCGUAGUUAGUUUACCAUAAUUAGUCUUGUUGAUAGCACAAACUCAAAUCAUUAAUGGCUGGCUGUUUGGGCAGGCACAUUUAAUACAUAAGAUUUUAUGCAUAACAACAAAGAAUUAGUCAUUUUAGAAAUAUACAUUAUAAGAACACAUAUAUGUAUCUUUUUAAAAAGUGGCCACUUUUUUGUUGAAUCCAUGCCCACAUUCACCCUCCACAGUACAGGAAAACGGCAUCCAACUUGGUGUGGACACAGUGCAGCUCAUUCGUGGUGCUAUUGUAAUCUUUGUAAAGAUUUAAACAUUUUGUCAGAAUGUUGAUUAAAUUAAGUUUUCCUUUCAGGUUUUUCAUUUGAAACUACAUGUUGAGUGUGUUUGUGUGCAUCUGAUGAAGUUUUAUUAUUGUCAUCCAUCUUUAAUAACAGUGGUUGUUCUAACCUAGACAUUAAAGUCUGAUACCAAUUCAGUCCUCUUUACAUGUAUAGUUGUUCAACUUUACAAAUCUUUAUGACAUUGGUCAUAUUAUGUCAUUUUUAUUUUUGAAAUCACUGGUUUAUAUGUUUGAAUAUUUAUGUCACCAUCUUGUGUUCUUGUCAAAGUCCCUAAUCCUUAAUUUUGAAUGAAGUAACUUACACUUGAGUUUUUAAGUAUGUUUCACAAAACAGUAUGUUUUGUUUUUUAACUUAAAGGCCAGUUCACAUUUGACUGGCUGGUAUUAUGUCUUGUUAGCUAAAUGUGUUGCUACAUUUGUGCUUACCAAAGCAAUACAAAGGUUGCCUGAUGCUCACUUGCUUCAAGAUGUGAAUGAAAGCUUGAGUUUUCCUUACUAAUGUUUCAGCAUUGGUGACAGAAAGAGAUAACUUGGGCAGGUGAAGGGACAAAACUCAAUUGCUACCAGUCUACUUUCAGAGGUCACUUCAUCAACUGGAGGCUAAUUCCAUUUCUUCUGUAUAGUGUUUCAGUCUUAAAGCUGGUUUUCAUCCUUCUUCUCUUUGGUAUUGUCCAUUCUGUGCUGUGUUCAUCUUUAAAAUCACACAUAAAUAAACAUAAAAAGGAAAUGUUGUCAACUGACAUCAUCAGUAUGCCAAACUGAUGAAGUGACUUUGGCCGGUCACUGCAGAAAUGUAUUGCAGUUGAUGCUGUAUGUGAAAAGUUUGUUUAUAUUAAACGAUGGUUAUACAAGUGCCAAAAA